AUGAAAAGACUUAAAGCUUAUUUAGCACAGCACCCAGCACUUGUUAAGUGCUCAAAAAAAAAAAUAUUUUUUUUUUCCCCUUCCUUCUCAAAUCCAGGAGAAAAGAAAGCAUUCCUGACGUUUAGGCCUCACAAAACGACCAAAGGAAACAACACGUGGAUUUUGCCUGCGCGAAGUGCUGACCCUCUGGCCCUGCAGGCAUCACGCAUUAAUCCCCAAAUGGGCCAGGUUCCUUCCCAACGAGAAAAUGUUCUGCUCUGUGGAUUUAUAAUACCUUUAAUCCAGGCAGGCCAUUUUUGGAUAUAA